CUUUCAAAUCAGUUAUUAAUCGCCGAUGACAGUUCGAGGAAUUUCAAGUUGCCAAAAUAAACAAAAAAAUAAUUUUUAAUCACGGAAAAUGCUGACGGACACGGAUGAUGACUUCUUUUUCGAGGAGGAUAAGAUGCCAGAACCGCUGCUCAUCCAGUUGGAUGAGGACAAGGAUCUUCCCGUGGAGGUGGAGAAACCCUCCGCAGCUCCCCUCGAGACCACCGUUAUGCUCUGCUCUCCGGCGGGCUUUUCCUCCGAUUCCGGAUCCGGGGACAGAUUCGGCAUCGAGUCGGCCAAUAGGCAGAAAUAUGAGUUAGAUCGUCUGGGUAUGACAGUCACCACAAAUGCCGUUGUUAUUACCAAGGAUCAAAGCAACCUUAUUGGAAUUAGCAUCGGUGGUGGAGCACCCAUGUGCCCCUGCUUAUAUAUUGUACAGAUCUUCGAUGGAACGCCUGCCGCAAGGGAGGGAUCCCUGCAAUCCGGGGACGAACUGCUGGCGGUGAACUCGGUGAGCGUAAAGGGCAAGACAAAGGUAGAGGUGGCCAAAAUGAUCCAGACGGCCACCGACGAGGUGGUCGUCCACUACAAUAAGCUGCACGCUGAUCCCGAACAGGGCAAGACACUGGACAUUAUCCUGAAGAAGCUGAAACACAGGAUAGUGGACAAUUUGUCGAGCAAUACGGCUGAUACUUUGGGACUCUCCAGGGCGAUACUCUGCAAUGAUUCGCUGGUGAAGCGACUGGAGGAGCUGGAAGGCACUGAAUUGAUGUACAAGGGUCUGGUCGAGCAUGCCCGCCGCAUGCUCAAAGCCUACUAUGAUCUCCUGCAGACCUACAAGUCCUUCGGGGAUUGCUUCACCCAAAUUUCGGUCCAUGAACCCCAGCAGCGAGCCUCAGAGGCUUUUCGAACCUUCGGGGAGUUCCAUCGCACCUUGGAAAAGGAUGGAUUGGGGAUUAUCAAGCAGAUAAAGCCAGUGCUGGCCGAUCUGGGAACAUAUCUGAACAAAGCCAUCCCGGACACAAAGCUCACUGUACGUCGUUAUGCGGAUGCCAAGUUCACAUAUCUCUCGUAUUGCCUGAAAGUCAAGGAAAUGGAUGAUGAGGAGCAUGGCUUUGCGGCCCUCCAGGAGCCACUUUAUCGGGUGGAGACGGGAAAUUAUGAGUACAGGUUAAUCCUAAGAUGCCGCCAGGAUGCGCGCAGCAAAUUCGCCAAACUACGCACGGAUGUUCUCGAAAAGAUGGAGCUGCUGGAGUGCAAACAUGCCAUGGAUCUGAACAAUCAGUUGAGAAGCCUGCUGGAGAGCUUGGCGGAGCUUCACAGGAGUUUGGUGGAACGACUGGACUCGCUGCCGCCGCUCUUUCCCAUUGAAGUGGACUUCAAGGAGACGGACUUCCAGUACAAGUCGAGCACUCUGAAGCCGCAGGAGCUGGAUGAUGAUGAAAUCGAGGCCAAUAAUCAUGCCAGCUCCACUCCCUCUCAAGUCGAUUGCGGAUUUGAGGCUGUGGAGCAGCCGGCGGCCAUUAUCAAUGUGGAGGUCAAGGCAUCUGUGGAGUCGCCUGCUUCGCAAUCCACCAGUGAGAACGAAACGCUUCUCAAAGAACUGGGUCUCUACGAUGUUGACCUGCUAUCCAAUCCGCAGACCAUCAGCAAUCAAAAGGACUCUAUUGCGGCCCAAAACGAUGGUUACGACUUUGAUCUGUUCCUCAACCAGGCGACUGCAGCCACCACCAGUUUGGAGAGGGACCUGAUGUCCUCGAAUGCGGAGGAGAUGGAUCUACUCCUGCAAUAAGUUUUUUAGUACAAAUAAUAUUAAAUAUAUUAGAAAAAUAUUAAAUUAUUAAAUGUUCGGUGAAAAUAA